AUGUCAGAUAUUGCAACUUCGAGGAAUACUCGACAACCCCAGCAGUCGGCUCUCCCAGACUUCACCUUCACCCAGUACGAGCUUACGUGUAUCAAGGAGACAUGGAACGCUCUCAAAAUCACUAGAACCGUCGACAGCAUGUCUCUGGCCCGAGUUCCAGCCAAUAACUCGAAGGAGAGCCUACAUAAUAGCGAUAAAAAUACCAGCAAAGAUGCAAAUGUGAAUGGUAGCAAGAACAGUGAUAACAGCAGUAGCACACAACCAUUGCCCAAGUCUUCUGGACCUGUGCAUAUGAAGAGGUCUAACAUCGACGACCAUAUUCUCAAUUUAGAGAAGUUCCACAGUACUCUAUGUGGACAUAUCUUCCAGAUCGAGAACGAUUUGCCAGAAAACUUGAAGAGAAACGACUUCCACAGAAGUCUGUUGGAGCACUACAAUCAGACAAUCUCGAACUUUCACUACGAGAUGAUCCAGACAAGUUAUCAGGUAACCCACAUGGUGCAGCUUAUCUCGAUCAUGAUCAACUGUCUUGAAUUCAACAAGUCAUUACCAGUAGCUUACAUCACCAAAGUGAGUAAAGUCAACUACAGAAUCCACGACAUGGACGCCUUGGCUUAUAAGGUAUUUGGUGAAGCGUUGAUCAUGACGGUUAUUGAAGUUUCCAACGAAAGCAACAAAUCUAGCUGUAUCUGCGAAGCUUUUACUAUCAAACACCAGGCGAUCUUCAAUAAGUUUAUAUCCAAAUUGUUGAACAUUUUGAUCUACUAUGGCUUCGACGAAAUGUUAGGAAUGAACUCUGCCGUCAACGGCACCAAAGCAUCAGCAAACUUACAGAGAAACUCAUAUAUGUCUCUAUCUAGCUCUGUCUCAGCUUCGCUGGCUUCUUCGAGAAUCGCACUCACCAGAGUUCAAAGCGAAAUCUCUACCAAGUCAUCACAGUUGUCGUUAUACUCUGGAAUCGACGAAACUGCUUCUUCUAUUGGCAUUUCAGACUUCGAAUAUGCUUCAGAAAAACCAACUAACACUCACAGCAUUACCACAGCAUUUGGUCUUGACAAGUUCAAUUCCAAAUCGGAACCAAAGACAUUUGAAGAUAUCAAAGAAUCAGACGAAUACGAAUCCUUUGAGGAAGAGGACGAUUCUUUCGACAUGCUCAACUCUUUUGCUCCACCAACAGCCAAGACCAGCAAAAACUUGUUCAAGAAGAACACAUCAAACAAGCAAAUGCCUAAAAAUCAACGCUCACUGGGAAGAGUGCCUGUUCAUGACGACACUCAGGAUAACUGUACAAUAAUGUAG